AUGAUAGUAAACUCCUUUAGCCAAUUUGAGAGCCCUGUCUUCCUAACCAUCCCUUUAAUUCUACUCGCACUGAUCCUGCCCUGAGCUUUUUACCCCUCCCCCUCUCCACGAUGACUAAGCAAUCGCACCCUAACCCUUCAAAAUUGAUUUAUUGGUCGGUUCGCAAAACAACUUUUAGCCUCCUCAACCCCUAAAGUCCACCUAUGGGCAACUCUCUUAGUCUCUCUAAUACUUUAUAUUAUUUCCCUAAAUCUCUUAGGAAUACUUCCCUAUACCUUUACCCCUACAACACAACUAUCCAUAAAUAUAGGUCUCGCUGUCCCGCUAUGACUAGCUACUGUUCUAGUAGGGUUCCGAAACCAACCCACACUCAGCCUAGCCCACCUUCUUCCAGAAGGCACCCCUACACUACUAGUUCCAGUACUUAUUAUUAUCGAAACAAUCAGCUUACUAAUCCGCCCCUUCGCCCUAGGAGUACGGCUAACAGCCAACCUCACCGCCGGCCACCUAUUAAUUCAACUAAUUGCCACUGCCACCUUAGCAUUCAUAUCAAUUAUACCUGCCAUCGCCACACUUACAUCUAUUCUACUGCUCCUGCUAACCCUUUUAGAGAUUGCCGUCGCAAUAAUUCAAGCUUACGUCUUUGUCCUACUUCUAAGCCUUUACUUACAAGAAAAUUCCUA